AUGACAUUUGUCGCUCCUCCUGGCUAUCAGCCAAUCUACAGCCCUCAAAUCCCCUAUCGUGGACCCAUUUAUGGAGGACUGAGGAAUGGCACGUCCAUCUACAUCCAGGGGUCCAUUCCUGAUGAUAUUACCAGGUUCUUCAUCAACCUGCUAUGUGGAGAGUCUGAGUCCAGCGACGUUGCCCUCCACUUCAACCCUCGCUUUGAUGGCUGGGACAAAGUGGUCUUCAACACUUUCGAGAAUGGAGAAUGGCAGUCAGAGGAGAAGAUUCGUGAUAUGCCUUUCUGCAAGGGCGAACCCUUUGAAAUGGUCAUCAUGGCCACCCCACAGGGCUACACGAUCAAAGUCAAGGGGAAUGACUUCCACACCUUCCAACACCGUAUCCCGAUGGAGAGGGUGUGUGCAAUGCAGAUCGCAGGAGACGUUUCCAUCCAGACGAUUAAUAUCAUAGGGGGUGGAAUGGAAGGAGGCAUGGGCGGAGGAAUGGGAGGAUGCAUGGGCGGAGGAAUGGGAGGAGGCAUGGGCGGAGGAAUGGGAGGAGGCAUGGGAGGAGGAAUGGGAGGAGGCAUGGGAGGAGGCAUGGCGGGAGGAUACCCAGGUGGUGGAAUGGGGGGAGGAUAUCCAGGUGGCAUGGGAGGCGGUAUGGGCGGAGGUGGUAUGGGAGGAGAAAUGGGAGGAGGAUUCCCAGGAUCAAACCUGCCGGGUAUGGGUGCACAGCCAGUCUACAACCCUCCAAUCCCCUACGCCAACAUGAUUCCAGGAGGGAUAUACCCUAAGAGGACCAUCAUCAUCAGAGGCAUGGUGCCCUAUGGAGCAGACAGCAUGUGCAUCAACUUUGUGGUCAGCCGAUCUCGGGACAUUGCCUUCCACAUGAACCCCAGAGUGAGGGAUGGGUGUGUGGUGAGAAACAGCAGUAUUGGAGGUAACUGGGGUCAGGAGGAAAGAGAGCUUGGCAUGUGCCCCUUCAUGGAGGGACAGUACUUUGAUAUGUCAAUUCGCUGUGGGAACCAGAGAUUCAAGGUCUUUGUGAACGGGCAGCACAUGUUCGAUUUCUUCCACCGCUUGCGAUCCUUUAAUGAGAUUGAUAUGCUGGAGAUUGAAGGCGACAUACAGAUCUCCUACAUUCACUUCUGAAACCAUACUCACUGAUGCGUCAAAGUAUUCAUUCUGUACAUUAUUCAACUAUUUCAUGUGCUUUUAAGCCAUUGAGUGAUAUUUCAUGUAUGAUAUGUCAGCCACUAUUGAUCAUAUCAGAAAUUGUCCUGUUGUGUGAUCAUAAGUCUUCAUAAAACAUAACAUCGCCUCAUUUUGAGCUGUAUUGUUCAUACCUGGUGAACUGACUUAAUAAAAAUGUGAGAACACAUCAAAGC